AUGGCCCCGGGAUCAAAAUCCAGCCGGGUAAAGCCGUCAGAAGUGGCAGCCGACACCAAGAGGAACUUUAUCCCACUGAUCAAUGCCAACUACGCUGAGAUGUUUCCUCCGUACUCGAUACUGUACCGGCAGCCUUCCCAACUCGUCAUUACCCGCCGGCACCUGAGUACCAACCCCCCCUUUUUCCGGGUAGAAGCUGGAGACCCAGUCAUGCUUGCCAUUUCUUAUGCCGCGGCUGACAGUCGGGCCUCUGAGGCUGUUGGAGGCUCUAGAGUCAGGAUUCCCUUCAUCUGUGCUGCCAACGAGCGCCGUCCCGGAGGUGAUUGGGAAACGGGAUGCUCCGGAUAUGAAGAGAAGCUCUGUCGUCGAAGCAACCUUUCUGCAACUCUGAGCAGUCCUUGGCCAAACACACAAGUGCUAUCGAAUUAUCCUAUUCCGUCCACUGGUGGCAUUCUCUCCGAUGCUGUUGUGGUUUGUCGAGGGCCUCAUGACAAUUACGAGAGACUUGAGCGCUGGUAUGACUUACCAGUUGUUUCUGUCCCCCCGACUCGCUGGCCAAAGUUGAAAGAGAACGGGACCAUGUACUCCUUUGCAGAAGAACGAGACAUGAUGAGAGAAAAGAUCCGCGGCGCCCUUCGCGUCUGCCUCUACAAUAACUAUGACCGAGUCGUUGUGGGAGAUUUUGGCCUUGGUAACAGCUGUCGAAAUCCGCCCCAGGAAGUUGCUGAAAUCUGGCGGGACGUACUGCUCUUCGACCCAGAUGUUCGGGGACAGUUUGCAUACGUGGUCUUUGCUUUUGAGGACGCCUCGCAAAGUACCACACGCUUCAUUCGGGACGAGAUGGCACGGAAGGAGAAAAAAGGGGGUAGCAGCAAGGUCAAGUCGCGUGGCAACGCUUCGGCCCCUCUCGGAUUGUCGCAAGGAUCUUCUACGAAUUCGGGGACAGACAUGACUAUUUUCCAGAUGGCCUUUGGUCAUGCCGAGAUCAUGCGUGUUCUCUCUGCCAGAGAUCCGCGCUAUGGUCUCGACAUGAUUACAAGUUGA